GUUUUUAGUUCAUCUGUGCUGGUACUGAUAAUUGUCACAGAGCAGCUGUCAUGUCAGCUAUGGGGAGCAUACAGCAGAGAAACAUUCGCUAUUUGGCCCUUGUCUUUUUCCUCCUGACCGCUUCUUCACCUGCUGCAGAGAGCCUCUCAAAGCCCAGCAUCUCCAUGAAUCCUGCUGGUGAGGUUACCUGGGGUCAGGACGUCAGCAUCACUUGUUCGAUCUCAACUCAGCAUUUAGGUGGAACAUUCCUCCUGCAGCAGACAUCGGGCUCAUUCAGAAAGACCCAAACAUCAAGUACCAACUCUGCUACCUUCAUUAUACCUAAAGUGAACUUUGAUAACGAAGGAUCGUACCAGUGUCAGUAUCAGAAAAAUGUUUCAAGUCAAGAAGUCAGCUCCCCUUUAAGUGACUCUGUCAGACUCUCUGUUACUGUGCCUUUGUUGCCGCUGGUCUCCUCAGUAGCAGGUGGGGGUCUGCUGCUGCUCCUGCUGGUCUUGGUGGUGGUCUGUCUGGUUGUCAGGAGAAGACGACGAGCCAAGCAGCCUGGAACCAUCUUCCAAACUCAAUUGUCUGUCAGAGGCAGUAAUGAUUAUGAAGAUGAUGAUGAGGAGGAGGAUGAGCAGGACUAUGUGAAUGUUGACCCAGGGAAUCUCACAAAGGAAGCAGGGAGAAGGGAAAAAGAGAAGAGUGAUGAAGAUCAUGAUUAUGAGGAAGCUGGCCCCGAUGCAAGUUCUAUAAAGGACACAGUGGUCUGUUUCAGUGUAAAGAAAAAGAGAGAAGAAGAACAAGCAGAAGAAGAAGAAAGCAGUGAUGAUGAAGAUCAUGAUUAUGAGGAAGCGGUCCCUGAUGCCAAUGCUAUAAAGAACACAGUGGUCUGUUUCAGUGUAAAGAAAAAGAGAGAAGAAGAAGAAAGCAGUGAUGAUGAAGAUCAUGAUUAUGAGGAAGCAGUACCUGAUGCAAAUUCUAUAAAAGCCACAGUGGUCUGUUUCAGUGUGAAGGACAACAGAGAAGAAGAAGAAGAAGAAGAAGAAGAAGAAAGCAGUGAUGAUGAAGAUCAUGAUUAUGAGGAAGCGGUCCCUGAUGCCAAUGCUAUAAAGAACACAGUGGUCUGUUUCGGGGUAAAGAAAAAGAGAGAAGAAGAAGAAAGCAGUGAUGAUGAAGAUCAUGAUUAUGAGGAAGCUGGCCCUGAUGCCAAUUCUAUAAAAGCCACAGUGGUCUGUUUCAGUGUGAAGGACAACAGAGAAGAAGAAGAAGAAGAAAAAGAAGAAGAAGAAGAAGAAGAAGAAGAAAGCAGUGAUGAUGAAGACAACUAUGUAAAUGUAACCCAGCCAUUUGUUAAACAAACUGUGGACAUUUAUGGAGAAAAUGAAGAUUUCGAUAUAUAUUAACUACCAUCCACUGCUGUAGAUCAAAUUGUUUUAAAAUAUUUUAAUUAAUUAAUUUGAUGAGUCAAAAAACAACUAUCCAUUUGGUUUUUGAUAUUCCAAUCUGUAACUUCCUUUAGUGUUGCCAAAUUAUUGUAGGCGAGGCCUGUUAGAUAUAAACUAGGUGCAAAACACAUGCAUCUCAUCUUUCUUUGUCGUCCAGGCGCUGAGACCAAAAACUGAUUCUGAUCUCCGAGGGCUCGCAGCUCUGUUAAACACUCCCAUUAAAAGUUUUGCACUAGCAGCCUGCUAAACUAAUGACAUUCCCAUCAACAUCAGCUGUACUGUGCUAAUUAGUGUAUGUUAUCAAAGUAACGUGCUAAAUGAAAAUAGUGAACAUGGUAAACUUUAUACCAGCUAAACAUCAGCAUGUUAGUGUGCUGUGGUUAGCAUUUAGCUCACAGCAGCAUCACAGAGCCAUGAGUGUUGCUCCCAAGCACAUAAGUUGAUGAUACACGGGGCAACUUUUUGAGCAAUGUUGCUGGGCAAUCUUGCAAGUUGCAAGUCCGACAAUGUUUUGAACUUAUAGCGGACGGGGCGGGGCGGGUAGCAGAGUGGCGGGGAAAAGAGAUUACGGUAGUAAUCUUUACUCAUUACCAUUGACGGCAAUGUUGCCUGGUUUAUGGAAAACAGUUGUACGCCCAGUAUUUUUGUACAGCCAAGGCUGGAUUGCUAUAUUGCAAGUUGCAGCUUCCUUAUAUGUGGUCAAUAUGCGCUUGACAGCAAAUAUUACUCCCUAGGAGGAUUAUGUUUAAUGUACAGUGUGCAAAAGUAAUUAAUUUGGAUGUUUUAUCCUACACAUAAUAUAUUCUUAAAUCUUAAAUAUUUAUUAUAUGCACAUUGGCAAUAAAGAAAAGUAAUAAAAGCAAUAAAUACGUUAUAAAAAACGUUAUUGUCCAGAAUGUUAGAGCCAGGCUAGCUGGCAAACAUAAUUAAAAAAUGUACUGAUCAGAAUAUUUUAUUUUUAGCAUUGCAGAGAAGAAAACACAAUGAAAAAGAACAAGUAAAAGGGACAUUAUUUAACAUAUUCAUUCAUGACUUGAUUUUGGUUGAAAAUUAGUUAUCAUUUUUGGAACAUUAAAGAUCUGCUUUAAGAUCUGCUUAUGUUUUGUUGCGCAUCAUAGUGAAGUGAACAUACAGUUUAUCGUGCUGUUACGGUUUUAUGUCCAUAUGUAUUAAAUACAUGUCAUUGAAGCAGGAGGGAGGCAGCCUACACGAUAUACACACAGAAGUACAGACAGUAAAGGUGAUGA